ACUACAGUUUUAAAUUUUUUUCAAGAGUGACACGUUGGGGGUGGGGUGUUUGGCUAAAUAUGCAUCAAUGCUGAGUCAAGAACACACGGAUUACACCAACUGUUGCAGCAGAUAUCAAAGAUCAUUUUUUUUUUUUUUUUAAUUUUUGCCUUUGAUCAUUCCUCACAGGAGAAAAGCUUCACGCAGAGGGAAAUUUUGAGGAAAUGGACUUCAACCAAACUUACGAUAAUGACAAGAAGAAAACGAUGAAGCAAUCAAUGCUGCUCUGCUGCAAAGUGUACAUUUCCGAAUCGAGAAACGGAGCUGCCCUCGAUCUGAUCGAACGGGCAGCGAGGCGCGAUGGGGAGACCGUGAUCGUGAACAAGUUCAAGGACGAUGAUUACAAUCGAGUACGAUACAAUCUUGUGUCGUAUGUCGUUCAUGACAGCUUAGGGUGUCCAAUCUACACACCCCUGCAGCAGAGUGUUGUGGCCAUGGCCGAGGCUGCCUAUGGGGCCGUAGACCUCGAGGCGCACAGCGGGGCCCACCCCCGGCUGGGUGUCGUCGAUGACAUUGUGUGCCAUCCGCUGGCCCGGGCCUCGUUGGAUGAGGCUGCCUGGCUUGCAAAGACCAUUGCCUCGGAUAUCGGGAGUAGAUUCCAAGUGCCAGUAUACCUAUACGGCGCAGCUCACCCGACGGGGCGGGCGCUGGAGGCCAUCAGGCGCGAGCUCGGCUUCUACCGGCCCAACUUCAUGGGAAACCUCUGGGCCGGCUGGGCGCAGCCGGAGAUUCUGCCCGAGAAACCUGACCAAGGGCCGGAAUCCGUAUCGCGAGCUAGGGGCGUCGCGAUGGUUGGCGCGCGUCCCUGGGUUUCCACCUACAACGUGCCUAUCUUGUCCACGGACGUCUCUGCCACAAGGCGGAUAGCUCUGAUGGUGAGUGCCCGGGGCGGAGGCCUGCCUACGGUGCAGACGCUGGGGCUCGUCCACGGCGAGGACUCGACCGAGAUAGCUUGUAUGUUGCUCGAACCGAACCGGAUCGGAGCCGACCGGGUUCAGAAACAGGUGGAGUUGCUGGCUGCAGGAGAAGGGCUUGAUGUGGAGAAGGGCUAUUUCACUGAUGUUCCUCCAGAAAUUAUCAUUGAAAGAUACAUAAAAUCCAUUUCUAAUGAUUCUUCUUGAAAUGGAUUGUGUAUUCAAAUCAAUCUAAACAGAGAUGACAUGAAUGGAAUUUGCAUAAUGUAUGUAUGUAUGUUGUUGCUUUACAGUCUAUUGAAAUUGGUGGUUCAUUGCAUAUCAA